AUGGGUCGCAUGCAUUCUCACGGCAAGGGUAUGAGCAAAUCUGCUCGCCCGUACAAACGCACGCCACCUUCAUGGCUCAAGAUCUCGUCUGAGGACGUGGAGGACCACAUUUGCAAGUUUGCCAAAAAGGGUUUGACCCCAUCGCAGAUUGGUGUCAUUCUUCGUGACUCGCACGGUAUUGCCCAGGUCAAGAGCGUGACUGGCUCCAAGGUGCUGCGUCUUCUCAAAAAGAACGGUCUUGCCCCUGAACUACCAGAGGACCUGUACAUGCUCAUUAAGAAGGCCGUGGCUGUCCGUAAACAUUUGGAGCGCAAUCGUCAGGAUAAGGACUCGAAAUUCCGUCUCAUUCUUAUUGAGUCGCGUAUUCAUCGCCUGGCUCGUUACUACCGCAAGAACCGCAAGCUCUCGCCUAACUGGAAGUACGAGUCGGCAACGGCCUCAACGCUAGUGGCUUAA